AUGGAGCGUCCUAGGGAUCCUGCAGUCCACCCUCUGAAGAUCGCCUCCAGCCUUGUCUCGCCCAGGUCCUUUCUCUACUCUCACAAACCAGGGCCUUCUCAAGCUCCACCGAAAAUGGAUAAAUCCCAACAGCCCAGUUCCUUCCAGCAGCUGGAAAAGCUCGGUGAAGGAACAUAUGCAACCGUCUUCAAGGGGCGUAACCGCCAGACGGGCGAGAUGGUGGCGUUGAAGGAGAUUCAUCUGGACUCGGAGGAAGGAACCCCGUCCACUGCGAUCCGUGAGAUCUCCCUGAUGAAGGAGUUGAAACAUGAGAGCAUUGUUUCCCUCUACGAUGUUAUCCACACCGAGAACAAGUUGAUGCUGGUCUUCGAGUUCAUGGAUCGAGACCUGAAGCGGUAUAUGGACACUCGUGGGGAUCGCGGACAGCUGGACCCCGCCACGGUCAAAUCAUUCAUGCACCAACUCCUCAAGGGUAUCGCGUUCUGCCAUGACAACCGAGUCCUGCACCGCGACCUCAAGCCUCAGAACCUCCUCAUCAACAAAAAAGGUCAGCUCAAGCUGGGUGAUUUUGGACUGGCUCGCGCAUUCGGCAUCCCCGUCAACACUUUCUCCAACGAGGUCGUGACGCUGUGGUACCGGGCCCCGGACGUUCUGCUCGGCAGCCGCACCUACAAUACUAGUAUUGACAUCUGGUCCGCUGGCUGUAUCAUGGCGGAGAUGUACACCGGUCGCCCGUUGUUCCCCGGCACCACCAACGAGGAUCAGUUGAUUAAGAUCUUCCGUCUGAUGGGUACCCCCUCGGAACGCUCGUGGCCUGGUAUCUCCCAGCUGCCGGAAUACAAGUCCAACUUCCACAUCUAUGCCACCCAGGAUUUGUCACUGAUCAUCCCUCAAAUCGACCCUAUUGGAAUGGACCUCUUGAACCGCAUGCUCCAGCUCCGCCCUGAGAUGCGGAUCGGUGCCAACGAGGCCCUCCAGCACCCGUGGUUCCACGAUCUGCUUCAGAUCCAGGCCAAGCUGCAGCAGCAACACCAGCAGCAGCAAAUGGCCGGAUAUGGAGGCAUGAUCCCCCCGCAGCCUGCGUACUAA